AGCAUCCUCCUCCCCCUUCUCCCUCUCUCCCUCUCUCUCUCUCUCACACACACACACACACGUAUCUCGUGCGUCUCACCUCCACUGCUGCGUCUAACCCGCGUCGGCUGCAUCCAUACGCGAGGAGACAACAUCACUAAAACAUUCGAUUUCCUCGCGUCUCCCGCGGACACAGCUACAGACUCGGCUCCCUGCGCCACCUCCUCUUCGGCUGUGGAGCAGAGGAUGAAGCAGCUGUUUGUCAGAGCUUGGGAGAACAAAGCCAUGAGCCCCUGGCUGCUCUUCGCCCUGCUCGGACUUUGUGCAGCAUUUGGGCCCAGUAAACAGGAAGAGGAGGACUAUGAAGAUGUGCCCAUAAAUAAGACCUGGGUCCUGUCACCGAAGGUUUAUGAGAGUGAUGUGACUUUGAUCCUGAAUAAACUGCUGCAGGGCUACGACAACAAACUGCGACCUGAUAUCGGAGUGAGGCCAACAGUGAUUGAAACAGCCGUGUAUGUCAACAGCAUUGGACCUGUGGACCCCAUAAACAUGGAAUACACCAUUGACAUCUUCUUUGCCCAGACAUGGUACGACAGCCGACUGAAGUUCAACGGCUCGAUGAAGCUGCUCAUGCUCAACAGUAACAUGGUAGGCAAAAUCUGGAUUCCAGACACAUUCUUCAGGAAUUCACGCAAAUCAGAUGCCCACUGGAUCACCACUCCCAAUCGCCUCCUACGGCUGUGGAACAACGGACGGGUCAUGUACACACUAAGGUUGACUAUUAAUGCGGAGUGUUACCUUAAGCUGCAUAACUUUCCAAUGGAUGAACACUCAUGCCCCCUGGAGUUUUCAAGCUAUGGGUAUCCCAAAAAUGAGAUCAUGUACCGGUGGCAGAGGCGGGCGGUAGAAGUGGCAGACCAGCGCUACUGGAGACUCUACCAGUUUGCCUUUGUAGGGUUGAGGAACACCACAGAUGUGGCACACACCCAGUCAGGAGAAUACGUCAUCAUGACCAUCUUUUUUGACCUGAGCCGAAGAAUGGGCUACUUCACCAUCCAGACCUACAUCCCCUGCAGUAUGAUUGUGGUUUUAUCCUGGGUCUCCUUCUGGAUCAAUAAGGAUGCUGUCCCAGCGCGCACGUCUCUGGGUAUCACCACAGUGCUCACCAUGACAACACUCAGUACGAUCUCCAGAAAAUCCCUACCCAAGGUUUCUUAUGUCACUGCCAUGGACCUGUUUGUCUCCGUUUGCUUCAUCUUCACUUUUGCUGCCCUCAUGGAGUAUGGCACGCUGCACUACUUCACCAGUAACAGACAGACCAAGAAGGCCAAAGCCAACAAUAACACACAGCUACCACAGCAGAGAGCAUCUAGCAUGGUGAAUAUCCGACCUGGAACGUCCCUGCUGCAGAUGAACAACAUUGUGCCAUAUCAUGAAGAUGACUAUGCUUACGAGUGUUUGGAUGGAAAAGACUGCGCCAGCUUCUUCUGCUGCUUCGACGACUGCCGCUCAGGUGCCUGGCGUGAAAACAGGAUGCACGUACGGGUUUCCAAAAUUGAUUCUUACUCACGAAUAUUUUUCCCUACUGCUUUUGGUCUUUUUAAUCUGGUUUAUUGGAUAGGUUAUCUGUAUUUAUAAAAGACUGUUUGUCUUUUAUAUCUGAAGUUUCACACGUGCAAACAUUUCACAAAAGCAGAACUGCUCUUGUACCAGAAAUGACAGCUUCUCAGCAAAGAUUAAUGGCAGAAAGAUGACCUUAAACAAAUAACAAAUAACAAACUAAUAAUGGCAGUGCCUUGUUUUUUUUCUGCCAGCACUGUGGAAUGGCAAAGACAUUUUUAGGUUUUUGUUCAUUUUUAUGUAACACCAAAUUUUAAACACACAGACAUCUGUACACAAAUUGAUUGACAUAUUAUCAAAAUAUAUCCCAGCCAGCAUGUCCAUAUGGGCCCCAUAAGGGUUAUAUUUGAGCUGCUAAGCAAGUUUGUCCGUGAUUUGUGUGUUUUGGGAUUUUUUUGUUCAGAGCAGGAAACAAAGCAAUUACGCACAUACAUUUAUGAUCCCAAUUCCAAGUAAACCAACUCCAGUACAUAUCACCAUCUAUCCACUCUACCUAUCUAAUCGCUAAUGCACAUGCUUUGUUUGCAACUAUAUCAUUACAACAGAGCCCAAUGUACAUUGUCAUUCAAAACAGGAGCACUGACAUUAAGGCUUAUAACUGCAGGUUUUACUAUUAAGUCAGGUACAUCAAUUAGAAUUAGACCAUUCAUUACAGCAAAUGGAAAUACAGUCAGACUUGGCACUGAUGGCUCCACUCUUGCUACCUGGAUUGGCAAAGCAGCAUGCUACACCAAAUAGGGAGGACAAUGCAACAAACCCCAUACAAGAGAGUAGAGAUGUUCCGAUACCAUUUUUUCCCUCCCGAUACCGAUA